UCUCUCUCCACAUAUCACUCGUCAUCGGGCCCACCCAACGACUCACCUCCCACAACUGCUUUCUUUGUCCAACAGCAGACGCCACCUCCUCAUUCUCCCUCUUCCUUCUCCACUCCUCCUCUCCUCAGCAGCAGCUCUUCUUGUUCACCGUAUCUUCUUAGCUACUGCUGAUAUGAUUUGCUUACUGAAGCUUUGCGAUGCAUGCACACUGUGGAUCCGAAGAAAUCUUCUUGUGGAUUGUAUGAUAAAUGAAGCAGCUCAUAGUUGGCAAUAUAUUUAUUAUCUUUGUGCUUGAAUUCUCAGCACACAGUCUGGCAUUGGACACGUUGAAGUAGUCUCCCACAAGACGAAAAUUCCUCGCUCUUGCCGAGCAAUAAAGCUUCCGCGUACAGAGCCCCCGCCAGGCGUCCCCCAUUUGGAGCCACUCCUUCCCGCCCUCUGCUUUCUCUUUAAGUAGUCGCCAUUGUUCCCUCCUGUCGUUCUGCCUUUUUGUGCCUUCCACCCGUCAUAGAGAGGAAUGGAGCAGCAGCAGCAGCGGAGGCAGCGGCAGCAGCAGAAGCAGCCGUCGCGAGUGCCAUGCGCGAGGUGCGGUUCGGAGGACACCAAGUUCUGCUACUACAACAACUACAACACUUCCCAGCCGAGGCACUACUGCAGGACCUGCAAGCGCUACUGGACUCACGGCGGCACCCUCCGCAACGUCCCCGAAGGUGGCUGCUCCAAGAAGAUCAAGAAGAAACCGUCGCUGCCAUCGUCUUCAGCCUCGUCCAAGAAGCUUCCUCAAGCACAAGCGCCGGUUAUCCCCCAGAUGCAGGACACUGCGGCUGGUGCGCUCGGCCACCCGACCCGAGCUCCCAUGCCGACUCCAUUCUUCCAUGCCGGAGGACGCGGAGCAGCCGGGUGGGAAGAUCAUAUACUAGAUGAGUCCGGUCUUCCUGUCUUCAACCCCGUACCGCCGCCGCCGCCGGGAUUCAAUCGCCUGCAAUCGCUGGAUGGAAUCAGCUUGCAGCAGAUGGCGCAGCGGCGGCGGUUGAACCUGCCGCUGCACCAAAACUUGACGAUGUUCCAACAAGAGCAUCAAAUGAAUCCUCCCAUGUUCACCCCCGCAGCUUCCUCCGUCGCUGCGACUGCGACAUCCGAAGCCAGGAAUCGGAACAACAGCAUGUCUGCCGCCUUUCGUCCUCCUCCAUCUUCGUCUUCCUCAUUCAUGUAAAACGAGUUCGCCUCGCUUCAAGAAAUAUUUGUUAGGUUGGUAAAUAUUUGAGGAGUCACUAUGUAGAAUAUUAGGAUUAGGAUUAGAAAUUCAAGUAAAACAACAAAAGUUCUUGUCAAAUUAGGUUUUAUCGCUAUAAAUACAUCAUGUAUCCCAAGGGAGAUGGUUGAGAGAGGCUCUUUCAGAGUCUACAUGAGAGGACGUCCAUUGGAUUCAAGGUUUCUAUGAGAUAUUUCUUAUAUUUAUUUUUUUCAUGCGAUAAAAUAUUUAGUUUUUU